GCGCAUAGCAAACGGUCGCGCGGAUUUGAGUUUUGUUUGAAUGGUUUAGGACGGAGUGAAAACACGGUGUUUGUUAAUUUUAGCAAUGUAGAAAUGGCAGAGACGCUAUGUUUAUCGGAUUCAGAUCGAUCUUCAUCAAGCGACCAGUCUGUCCCCAGCCGAAGUAACAACAGAAGUCUGCGAAUCGCAGAAAAGGAAAGAAAGAAGAACGAGGCGGAGGACUCAUUUGUUCUGGCCCUGAGGUACUUCUCGGAAGUGGAAGCAGGCACUCCUGUAGCUGGGAAUGAUGAGCUGGACAGGAACCUGGCGGUGGUGGAGAAAGUGGCCUUUAGCAAGGGACUGUCCCCGGAGGCCAUUUCUGUCCUGCUGGAGUUUGCCAUGAGCCUCCGCAUGGGGACCAGUCCAUGUGUGCGGGUGCUCAAGUGUCUGAUUCCCGCCAGCGUGGUGGCACAGCAGGCUGUUGUUCGAGCCGUGGUUUGGCUCAAUGUCAGCAAAAUCCCCAUCAGUACUCAGGUUCUAUUCAUCAAGUGGGUGUUGACCGUGUUCGAUCUGAUCGAUGCAAAAGAUCAACUUCGAGCCAUUUAUGGCUUCAUCUUCAGCUUCAUCACAGAGGAGAAUCUGUGUCCGUACAUCUGUCACCUGCUCUACCUUCUGACCAGAAAGGAAAAUGUUCAUCUUUAUAGAGUCAGGAAGCUGCUGGAGCUCCAGUCGAAACUGGGACGGCAGCCUUUUCUCAUGCACUUGCUUUCACUUUACAAAGUGUUUUGCCCUGAACUUGUGACGCUCUCCAUCCCAUCAAGGAUUCGGAGCGGCUUUAAAAACUACAUUUCCCCCUGGAAAUCUGCACUUGCGGCUGUGCAGAAGAGUAAUGGUCAGCAGGUUUCAUCCAGCAUCAGUGCAGCUUUCACCAUUAAAGAGAAGAGCAUCUCAAGAAAAAGGAAACACUGCCACCUGGAUCUGCCUGCUCUAAGUUCUGUCCUCAACAAGGAGCCCCAGUCUGAGCAGACAUCUAGAAGAAAGAUGGUUCCCCUCGUGCAUCUGUCCUCCUUUGCUCAGAUGUUGAAAGAUAUGCAUCGAAUUGAGCUGCCCGCUCAGAUGGGCUCCUUGUUGGGUUCUAGUCUGGCUCUGCAGUAUCUCGACUGUGUGCAGGAGGAGUCUGCGCUCUUGCGCCUCAAUUUCUGGCUGGGCUGUGCUCUCCAUGAAGAAUUUCUCUUUUGCAGGCAGACUUCAGAAGAAGCUCUCCAGUUUUUGAACAAUUUGCUGUCUGCGCAGCAUUUCCUCCAGGAGGGAUUUUCCAGCUCUGACGCUUUCCUUUACAAGUUCCUCAACGUCUGGGACGGCUCUCUGCUCCGUCCGCAGAUCCUCGGCCUUUUGAGCAACAUCCCGGUCAUCCCCAGCACACAAAUCGGACGGCUGCUGUUCGAGCCCCUCACGCAGCUCUUCUUCACAUCCUCAAUGUUUUUCAAGUGCGGCCUGAUGGAGUGCUUAAACAACAUGCUGCUAAAGUGGCUGACCUGGCACUCUGUGUACGCUCUGGAGGACGACCUGGACAUCAGCCUCAACAGCCACACCUCCAUAAACAUCACUCUGUCUGGGUUUAAAGAUUCAGUGAUGGAGCUGGUUCACUUUGUGGGCCGUCUGGCGUCUUUGGGCCUUCAGCUGGAGGGCUGCAACACUCUGCUCCUCAGCUUCAUCCUGGACUUCUAUGAGACUGUGUGCGACACCUUUCUGAAGUUUGGCCUUCCCCUGGUGGUGAUGCCCCCUCCUGGAGUUUUCUACCCCGCCCUGUUGGCCACUGACCCCGUAAGCGUGGACAGACUGGCGUAUAUCAUGCACAGGUACAAACUGAACCUGACAUCCGCCAAGAGUCAGGAAAAACAGACGGAGCCCCAGCAGGCCUUUCACAUCAGCCGCCACACUUUCCGCCAGUUCAACCACUACCUGGUCUUCAUGGUCAACUGCCUGUGGAACUGCAGGAUGUUUCAUGCAAACACGGACAUGCACGUGAGGGAAGAGCUGCUUCACAAGAGCAACGUUCCUCAGUACUGGACACGGUUCGACUUCAUCCACCACCCGGCCUUCACGGGCUACGCCGUGGACUUUCACCAGAAGUGCUGGCCGGGCAAGAAGGAUGUGGACGUCAAUUCCAUAAAGCAGUCCAAGCCCUGGAGCUGGUACCUGGAGUAUCUUUUCAAUCAGGGGUUUGACGGCCUUAAAGACUUUGUUCACAGCAGCAUCAGCAGGCAGGUGACGGCGGGCGACGAGCUGCAAGAUUCGCAGCAAAGGUAGAAGCUCGUCUUGCAGGAAAAGCUCCACCCAUUUUUUUUAAAGUUUAAUUAAAGGCUUGUAUAUAUUUUAUUUCCUCGUCUCCGUCAAGUGUUAGAUUUCUGUGAAUUCCUGUUUUUAUGUACAUACCUUUGUCUUUGCUAAAGCACUUUAAGCUGCUUUUUUUCGCAUUUUGCCGUGCAAAUAAAUUAUUAUUAUAAGUUCAUGUCUGAAGAAAACAUAACCACGUGAUGCUAGUGUGUGCUGACAACAUGGAAAGGUCUUGUGUUUUAAACUCUUUAGUUAGAAGUGAUAUUCACUUACUGUCCUUAUUAUUCAUAGUCUGUCCAAAUAAACAGAGAAACAUUGUAAAUACACCUGCAUUUUAAUGAAUGAUCCACAAUUUUCCUGCAUUUAUGUUAACCUGCAUCUAUAAUAAGGUCAUUCAAUCAAAACAUCAGUUAGCUUUCAAACCUGUAAAUAUGCAAAAAAAAAAUAAAAGAAAAUUUCAAAACAAAA